CCCCAAAACAAAACAAAACAUCACACGCUGCAAAAAACUGAAAUACAAGAACAAACAAGACCUCCGAGAGGCCAAUUACGAUUUUACAUUCUUUCACCCCUUUCGCUCAUUCCAUCACCAACAUCACUGUACGGCUUUGCUUCCAUCUACAAGGACCCUCAUCCUCAUCAGGGUUCCUUGGUCACCUGACUGCCCACCCCGCCUUCCACGAAUAUGGCUGGAAGCCCACCAGCAGCAGAUGCAUCGACAACGUCGGUCUUGAGCUGGUACGAUGCGCGGACACCCCGGAUUCUAGAUCUCGUCGGCGACUAUGCCGGAAACGAGCUGUUCCUCGUCGAAGGAGACUCGUUGCUCCGCGCCUGCUUUGAGGAUGGGAGAAUCGAUUUUGAGGGUGGAUUCCAACUACUACACGCAGCAUUUGUAGUCGAGCGCUUCCUCGAUAACCUCAUCAAGCGACACUGCAAUUUCCACAUCGCCUUCUUCGCAAACCACAAAGAACUAUGCAUACCCCCCGGCUCCAGCGCCCAGCGCUCGCGAUACCUCCUCACCCGCACGCUGCUCAUUCAGCAUCUCGAAGUGCAUCUCCCCGACACCUGUGGAGUGGAAGUGCAUGUCUUCCCAUCCCUCGGUAGCGAUGAGUUCAACACAUUCCUUGCACACUCUCCAGUAUACUUCGUCAUGGCGCACGAUGGAGCACUACCGACCGAGGGCAAAGAGGUGCAGGAGGGCGCGAGAGAGAAGACUGCGAAGGUGCUGCUGCGAGGCAUCCUGGCGUCGUUCAAUGCGCGCAACUUGAAUGUGGCGCUGAUUAAUCAGAAUGAGAUUCGGGAUAGCAAGAUUAUUACUAUGAUCCUGGAGGCAGAAGACCACGAGCAAGUGGGCUUUGACGAAGAAGUGGCGGCCACACACAAGGCGAUGGAUGCUAGCAAUGCUUCCAGGAAUACUUUCGACAUCGGGAAAUGGUUGGAGGAUCCCAGCACCCUCAACGAGCUGGCAUCGGAGGUGGAGGAGGACACACCGGGAAGCUGGAUUGUGGGUGCUGUUGGCGCAUCGGUUAUUCUCCAACAGACGCAGGAGUACAACUUCCUUGCCUCGGCGUAUAUGCUCCACCUGGUGAUCCUGAAGCGACUUUCUCUCGAACAGAGACGAUUCCCUCUCAUCAGAUUCGAAGACGAGUUUGACCAAAAGAUCGACAACUUCUUAGAGCUCUUCUCAGAAGUCGUGACCGAGAUUGCGGACAAUGACGCGUUUGUCAACGUCAUGGAGAAAUUGGGAGUCAAGUCCGACCUCAUCGACAUGAUCGAUGGUAGGUUAUUCAGGACAACUGUUCAAGCUCUGUUGACUGGUCCUUUGAAGGGGGGACCUCCACCUUCUCUUUCAGAAGACUGGUCCACGGCGUUCGAUCUAGUCCUUUCCCUCUCCGGGAAGUCUCUCAUUGGGAAGGCGCCCAAGGAUCGUAAGAUUAAGGAUGCUGACGCCGAGAAUAACGGAAAGGAGGUUGACGCUGCGGCCAGCACCGUUUUAUCUUUGACCGAGCCGGUUUUCGAUAAGCACCUUUCCGCCAUCCACGUUGACGUUGAUACAUCUCUGUCGGCAAAAUUAUCGGCGAUGAAACUGUAUCGCGAGUCUUCAUACUGGCAGACCCACAAGCCUAUUGUCCCCAAGAAGCACGUGCCGAUUGAGAAGGAGAAAGUAUCAAAGUGGAAGAACCCGCUGAGGAAGAACCAAUUCUACAUGGCCGAAAUGACCGCCUACGCAGCGAGUUUGACGGGCUCAAACGGCAGAGUUCUGGAGCCAGAGACUAUCACCGUUGGCGCUAAAAAGUCAAAACCUGCUGAGGUCAAGGCGGCGUCGAAAUCCGGAAAGGCAUAUCCAGCUUUGGAAGAUUCUGGACCGGUUGCGAAGAAGGGAGGUGGUAAGAAGGGUGGAGCUGGCGGCCUGAGCAAGGCACAGCAGAUCAUUGCUGCGAACAAAGAGAAGAAGGGAGAUGCGGAGUCGGAUAAGGCGUUCUCGGCUUGGCAGGGAGUGAUGAAGGUGUAUGAGGAGAUUCUUGGAGAGCAGGAACGCUACAAUCGUGCCAAGCUGUACCGUGACGGUCUUGACUCCGCCAGAUCCGUGCACGUCGAAGCGGAUAUCAACAUGUAUUUGUGUCAGUGCCUCUUGAACUGGUGGGCAAAGUACUGCAAGGCAGACAAGAAGCCAGAGGGUUACCAUGUCGUUGCUUUGCUCUGGACCGUGAUCAGGGCAAUUUCCACAUCAAAGACCCCAGUGGCCAAGGAGAUUGUUCAGCAGUCUGAGUUAAUUGCCACUAUCGUAGGCAUCACCGACGCCAUCACGUCCACGCCACCAAUUGCGUCUGACCGGAAACUCUCAUUCAAGUUCAAGCUGCCCGGUGACCUCAAGCCAUUGAAGAUCAGCCUUAACCAGACGGAGUUCCAGCUGCUCCACUGCGGCCCCUACAUGGACCGUGACUUGGACGCCAAAGCCGACCCACGUGUCUCGAGCUUCGUGCCUGAUGGCUGGCAAAGGAAGGUCCUCGACGAGCUUGACGCGGACAACAGCGUUUUCGUCGUCGCACCUACCUCAGCCGGUAAGACAUUCAUCAGUUUCUACGCCAUGGAGAACAUUCUGCGCUCCGACAACGACGGGGUCCUGAUCUACGUCGCUCCAACGAAGGCGUUGGUCAACCAGAUCGCUGCUGAAAUCCAGGGGCGCUUCUCCAAGAAAUACCCGCAGGCUGGGAAGUCUAUCUGGGCUAUCCACACGAGAGAAUACCGCAUUAACAACCCAAUCGGAUGUCAAAUCCUCGUCACGGUGCCGCAUAUUCUGCAGACCAUGCUGUUGUCCCCAACAAAUGCAAAGACUUGGUCACCAUUGGUUCGUCGCAUCAUCUUCGAUGAAAUCCACUCUAUCGGAACGGCAGAGGAUGGCGUUGUCUGGGAGCAACUGCUUCUCUUGGCUCCGUGCCCUAUCAUUGCCCUGUCAGCAACGGUGGGUAACCCUGAGCAAUUCAGCGACUGGCUAGCGGAGACGCAGAAGUCGUCGGGCAACAAGCUCAGCAUGAUUCGUCACACUACGAGAUACUCUGAUCUGAGAAAGUUCUUGUAUAUGCCACCGAAGGGCUUUGAGUUUAAUGGCCUGCCGAAAUCAACCAAGGGCGGCCUUGGAUUGGAUGGCCUUUACGGCUUAUCGUUCUUACACCCAGUCGCGAGUCUUCAGUAUAGGUCCCGUGGCUUGCCAGACGAUCUGGCACUGGAGCCGCGUGAUUGCUUCAUCCUGUGGAAGGCUAUGUGCAAGCUGCAGACCGAGAACUACAAGGUCCCUAGCGAGCUCGACCCUGCAAAGGCCCUCCCCCUGUGCAUCAAGAAAUUUGACAUUUUCAAGUGGGAGAAGAAAUUGAAGAUCUUGCUUCUUUCGUGGAUGAAUGACGAGAAGUCGCCGUUCGAGAAGCUCGUGCAGGAGCUGACCCCCACGAAGACGGAACUGGCUCCUAUUGCUGAGGGCGAGAAGGAGAUCGACAGGAAUGAUCUUCGACAGACUACACUGCCUCUUCUGUACCAAUUGCAUCAGAGAGGCGCCCUACCGGCGAUUUUCUUCAACUAUGACCGCACUACUUGCGAAGACAUCGGUCUAUCACUGUUAACCCAACUCAAGACAGCCGAGGACGCGUUUAAGGAGAGUAAAGAGUGGAAGCGCAAGAUUGAGAAGUGGACUGAGUGGAAGGAGUUGAAGGAGAAGAAGGCAGCGAAGAAGGCUCCAAAGGUGUCGAAGAAGAAGACCAAUGAUGAGGAAGACAAAAUGUCAAAGGCAGACCAAGCCCGUGACGAUGCCAGCGGCGAGGUCAGCGCAAUGGACCUCUUCGACCCAGAAGAGCCACAGGAUGACUACUCCUUCGCCGACAAGCGCAAAUGCCAACGGUCCGAAAUUGACCGCUUCGUCAAGCAGCUGAGGUGGAAGCACAUCAAGGAGGAGCUUGUCGAGCUCAUCCAGCGCGGUAUCGGAGUCCAUCACUCGGGUAUGAACAAGAAGUAUAGACAGUGCGUCGAGAUCCUCUUCCGCAAGGGCUUUCUGCGCGUCAUUAUCGCGACUGGCGAGCUGAGCUUGGGUAUCAAUAUGCCCUGUUCCACAGUGGUCUUCUCGGGUGACUCCGUCUACUUGACUGCUCUUAACUUCAGACAGGCUGCGGGUCGUGCGGGUCGUCGUGGUUUUGAUCUCCUGGGUAAUAUCGUCUUCCAGAACAUCGACCGUGACCGCGCGUGCAACCUUUUGAGCUCUAGAUUGCCUGACCUUACAGGACACUUCCCUAUCACUACUGAUCUGGUGCUCCGAUUGUUCACGCUGCUGAAUGAGUCGAAGCAUUCGCCUUACGCGACGAAGUCUAUUAAUGGUCUUCUGUCACAGCCGAGACUGUAUCUCGGUGGAAAGAGCUUCAAAGAGCAGGUGCUUUACCACCUUCGCUUCACGAUCGAGUACCUCCGCCGUCAAGGGCUACUUGGCCCGAAGGGCGAGCCUGUGAACUUCUCCGGCCCAGUUACGCAUCUGUACUUCACAGAGAACUCGUCCUGGGCGUUCCAUGGUAAGUAAUAUACAACAUUCUGUUGAAUGAAGCUAACACAACUCAGCACUCCUCAAGGAGGGAUAUUUCACCAACGUCUGCGCUAACAUCGACACCGAACCCGACGCCGUGAUCAACGAGCUCAUGCUCGUCCUAAGUCACAUCUUCGGCCGCCGCGCCGCGCGCGUAACUGACAGUGAGUCAAUGGCCGACGCGAUCAACAAGUCUCCCUCGAUGGUCUACCUACCGCCAAUGCCCAAGGCAGCCCUGUCCACCCUUGAGACGCACAACGCGAACACCCUAUCCAUCUACACGACCUACGUGAAGACAUUCGCGGAACAAUACAUCAAGGGCGCUGAGACCACCCUACCACUCACGCAGUUUUCCGCCAACUCCCCUGAUGCAAACUCAGCAGCAUCAGACCUCUCCUUCCUCCCAUCCCUCCCAGCACCUACCGCCCGCUCGCCCUUCGUCGCACUCUCGGGCCACGGCGACGCCUUCCCUACCAUCUCUGACCUCUGCACCUCCUCGCGUGCAGGUAUCUUCCUUGAGAGCGCACUGAUCCCACACAUCUCGUUACACCCGACCGAGACGCGCCAGCCACUCAACGCGUACCUGCUCGACUUCUUCGCGCACG